AUGACCUGGAGCGCCACGGCCCGGGGCGCCCACCAGCCCGACAACACGGCGUUCACGCAGCAGCGUCUUCCCGCCUGGCAGCCGCUGCUGUCGGCCAGCAUCGCGCUGCCGCUCUUCUUCUGCGCCGGCCUGGCCUUCAUCGGCCUGGGCCUGGGCCUCUUCUACUCCUCCAACGGUAUCAAGGAGCUCGAGUACGACUACACGGGCAACCCGGGCACCGGCAACUGCUCGGCGUGCGCCCUGGCCGACCAGGACCGCGCGCCGCCGCUCCGCUGCUCGUGCUCCUGGUACUUCUCGCUGCCAGAGCUCUUCCCGGGCCCCGUGUACCUCUACUACGAGCUGACCAACUUCUACCAGAACAACCGGCGCUACAGCGUGUCCCGCGACGACACGCAGCUGAGCGGGCUGCCGAGCGCGCUGCGCCACCCGGCCAACGAGUGCGCCCCCUACCAGCGCCGCGCCUCCGGCCUGCCCAUCGCGCCCUGCGGCGCCAUCGCCAACAGCCUCUUCAACGACUCCUUUUCGCUGUGGCACCAGCGCCAGCCCGGAGGGCCGUACGUCGAGGUGCCGCUCGACCGCACCGGCAUCGCCUGGUGGACCGACUGCCACGUCAAGUUCCGCAACCCGCCGCUGGUGAACGGCAGCCUGGCGCUGGCCUUCCGAGGCACCGCGCCGCCGCCCAACUGGCCCCGGCCGGUCUACGCGCUGAGCCCCGACCCGAACAACACCGGCUUCAUCAACCAGGACUUCGUGGUGUGGAUGCGCACGGCGGCGCUGCCCACGUUCCGCAAGCUGUACGCGCGCAUCCGCCAGGGCAACUACUCGACCGGCCUGCCGCGCGGCGCCUACCUCGUCAACAUCACCUACAACUACCCGGUGCGCGCCUUCGGCGGCCACAAGCUCAUCGUCUUCAGCAACAUCUCGUGGAUGGGCGGCAAGAACCCCUUCCUAGGCAUCGCCUACCUGGUCGUCGGCUCGCUCUGCAUCCUCAUGGGCUUUGUCAUGCUGGUCGUCUACAUUCGCUACCAGGACCAGAACGACGAGGACGAGGACGAGGAGUGAUUCCUGCUUUUCAAAGUAGCCUUCCGGCUAUUUGCCAGAACUCGCCUGCAAGCUUCUUAGGCUUCUUCUCCAUCAAUUCCAAUUCCAGUUUCAGCCUUGCCUCACUUUUCCGCCUGUUGUGAUGCCUGGACCAGACGGAAGAAUUACACCCAACUGGGGGCUACCAGAGUCUUGCUGGGGUGUUUGGACUGCAGAAUGAGACAUCCUUGUGCAUGCUCCCCAUCUUCACGAUUUACCGAGUUGACAUGUUAGGUUCUUCAAGUCCGCAGCAUUUGAGUGUGGAAGAGACAGUAGAGAUUCCUGUUCAACUUCUAACUGAUGAAGAGACUGAGACCUAGGGACAUUAAAUAACUCAUUCAAGGUCACGCAGCUAUUCACUGGCUCCUGACUGUGACUCUAACUUUUAUCACGACAACACCCUGGUUUUCUUGGGGGGCAGGGGAGAGGGUGUUGAGGGAGAGAAUGA